AUGACCUCGAGGCAGCAGAAGUAUCUUGGGCUGUUACCAGAAGAUCCAGAAGGUGGCGAGCCAGCAGAGCCAGCAGGUGAGUUACCAGAAGAUCCAGAAGGUGGCGAGCCAGCAGAGCCAGCAGGUGAGUUACCAGAAGAUCCAGAAGGUGGCGAACCAGCAGAGCCAGCAGGUGAGUUACCAGAAGAUCCAGAGGAUGAUGAACCAGGAGUCGUCUCCCCUGAACCUGAUCCAGGAGAACCUGAUGAUGAACCAGAAGGACCAGAAGAACCAGUAGAUGAUUCAGGUGGUGUAGUUCCACCAGAUGAAGGAGGUGCAGCAGUGGCCUCAGAGCAAGGAACAGUUACUGUGAGAGUCUCAGUGAGAGUACUGUAUAAAGUAGAUCCCUCAGAAGUGGAGAAUGGAACUGUGUGUGUGGUCAAAGUGGUGAUUGUAGUGAACGAAGCUGUAACAGUAGUGAAUUCGGGGCCGCUGCCAGAAGUAGAAGCAGAGCCAGCACCAGAACCACCGUUGGUAGCAGAUGUGGAGCCAGCACCAGAGCCACCGUUGUUAGCAGAUGUAGUGCCAGCACCAGAACCACCGUUGGUAGCAGAAGUAGAACCAGAACCAGAACCACCGUUGGUAGCAGAAGUAGAACCAGCACCAGAACCACCGUUGGUAGCAGAAGCAGAACCAGAACCAGAACCAGCAGAACCAGCAGAACCUCCAGUAGCCCCGGUAGAAGCCGAGCCUGAAGCUUCAUUUGUAGAUGAGCCCGAGAUGGGGCCCGUAGUAGUAGCAACAGCACUGGUACUGCCAGAGCCAGCUCCUCCAGUGGUGACAGAGGUUUCACCACCAGAGCCAAUAGAGGAAGAAGUUGAACAGUCUCUACAGACCAAUGUAGGGCCAGUAGAAGAAACACCACCGGAGUGGGGAGCCACACCGCCGGAAGAGGCAGAACCAGUAGCAGAGCCCGAGCCAGUUGAAGGACCAGAUGUAGGAGAGCCAGAAGCGCCGGAUGAAGCACCGCUAGCUCCAGAAGUAACGGAACCAGAAGCACCAGAUGAAGCGGCACCAGAAGUGGCAGAACCAGAGGCACCUGAAGAAGCACCGCUAGCACCAGAAGUGGCAGCGCCAGAAGUAACAGACGAAGCGGCACCAGAGGUGGCAGAACCAGAAGCACCAGAUGUAGGAGAGCCAGAAGCGCCGGAUGAAGCACCACUAGCACCAGAUGAAGCGGCACCAGAAGUAGCGGAUCCAGAGGCACCCGAUGCAGUUGCACCUGAAGUAACAGAGCCAGAGGCACCAGAAGAACCAGAGGCGCCAGAAGAAGCAGCACCAGAAGUGGCAGAACCAGAAGCACCAGAUGUAGGAGAGCCAGAAGCGCCGGAUGAAGCACCACUAGCACCAGAUGAAACGCCACUAGAAGUAGCGGAGCCAGAGGCACCAGAGGAAGCAGCACCAGAAGUAGCAGAGCCAGAGGCACCAGACGAAGCGGCACCAGAGGUAGCAGAGCCAGAGACACCAGAUGAAGCGGCACCAGAAGUAGCGGAGCCAGAGGCACCAGACGAAGCAGCACCAGAAGUAGCAGAGCCAGAAGCACCAGAAGAAGCGGCACCAGAAGUGGCAGAGCCAGAAGCGCCGGAUGAAGCACCGCUAGCACCAGAAGUAACGGAACCAGAAGCACCAGAUGAAGCGGCACCAGAAGUGGCAGAACCAGAAGCGCCGGAUGAAGCACCGCUAGCACCAGAAGUAACGGAACCAGAAGCACCAGAUGAAGCGGCACCAGAAGUGGCAGAACCAGAAGCGCCGGAUGAAGCACCGCUAGCACCAGAAGUAACGGAACCAGAAGGACCAGAUGAAGCGGCACCAGAAGUGGCAGAACCAGAAGCACCAGAAGAAGCGGCACCAGAAGUGGCAGAACCAGAAGCGCCGGAUGAAGCACCGCUAGCACCAGAAGUAACGGAACCAGAAGCACCAGAUGAAGCGGCACCAGAAGUGGCAGAACCAGAAGCACCAGAAGAAGCGGCACCAGAAGUGGCAGAACCAGAAGCGCCGGAUGAAGCACCGCUAGCACCAGAAGUAACGGAACCAGAAGCACCAGAUGAAGCGGCACCAGAAGUGGCAGAACCAGAAGCACCAGAAGAAGCGGCACCAGAAGUGGCAGAGCCAGAAGCGCCGGAUGAAGCACCGCUAGCACCAGAAGUAGCAGCGCCAGAGGCACCAGACGAAGCGGCACCAGAGGUAGCAGAGCCAGAGACACCAGAUGAAGCGGCACCAGAAGUAGCGGAGCCAGAGGCACCAGACGAAGCAGCACCAGAAGUAGCAGAGCCAGAAACACCAGAAGAAGCGGCACCAGAAGUGGCAGAGCCAGAAGCGCCGGAUGAAGCACCGCUAGCACCAGAAGUAACGGAACCAGAAGCACCAGAUGAAGCGGCACCAGAAGUAGCGGAGCCAGAGGCACCAGACGAAGCAGCACCAGAAGUAGCAGAGCCAGAAACACCAGAAGAAGCGGCACCAGAAGUGGCAGAGCCAGAAGCGCCGGAUGAAGCACCGCUAGCACCAGAAGUAACGGAACCAGAAGCACCAGAUGAAGCGGCACCAGAAGUGGCAGAACCAGAAGCGCCGGAUGAAGCACCGCUAGCACCAGAUGAAGCGGCACCAGAAGUAGAGGAGCCAAGACCACCAGUAAAGGGGGCACCAGAGGUGGCAGAACCGGAAGCACCAGAUGAAGCAGCACCAGAAGUGGCAGAACCAGAAGCACCGGAUGAAGCGGCAGCUACAGAAGCAGUACUAGAAGUGGCAGAACCAGAAGCUCCCGAAGAAGCAGCAGACGACGUAGCAGCAGAACUGGAAGAGUUUGUGAAUGGCGCACCCGAGCUGAAGAGUCUAGAAGAGCUGACAAAAGACGUAACCGAUCCCGAUGAACCAAUAGCUGAUGAUGCUGAUGCUGAAGAGGCAGAUACCGAAGCGCCAGAAGAUGCAGCGCCAGAAGUAGCUGAACCAGAAGCACCAGAAGAAGCGAUACCAGACGUAGCGGAUCCAGAAGCACCAGAAGAAGCACCACUAGCACCAGAAGAAGCAGCUCCAGACGAGACAGAAUUAGAUGAAGCAGCACCAGAAGUGGCAGAGCCAGGAGCACCUGAGGAAGCACCGCUAGAACCGGACGAAACAGCUCCAGAAGAGGCAGCACCAGAUGAAGCACCGCUAGCACCGGACGAAGCAGGCCCAGAAGAGGCAGCACCAGAAGUAGCAGAGGCAGAGGCACCAGAAGAAGCAGCACCAGAUGUGGCGGAUCCAGAAGCACCAGAACCGGAGCCAGAAGAAGCAGCUCCAGACGAGACAGUUCCAGAAGAAGCGGCACCUGAAGUAGCAGAUCCAGAGGCGCCAGACGAAGCAGCACCAGAAGUGACAGAACCAGAAGCACCACUAACAGCAGACGAAGCAGCACCAGAAGAGGCAGCACCAGAAGCACCAGACGAAGCACCACUAGAACCAGAUGAAGCGGCACCAGAAGUGACAGAACCAGAAGCUCCAGAAGAAGCAGCACCAGAUGUGACUGAUCCAGAAGCGCCAGAUGAAGCAGCACCAGAAGAGGCAGCUCCAGAUGUGGCAGAGCCAGAAGCACCAGAAGAACCAGCACCAGAUGUAGGCGAUCCAGAAGCGCCGGAUGAAGCACCGUUAGUAGCGGACGAAGCAGCACCAGACGAGGUAACAACAGAUGAAGCUGAAGAAGCAACAGCGGAUGACAACGAGCUAGAGGCUGAUGCCGAACAUAACGACGCUGAUCUCUUGGCUAAGGCAGCUUGA